GACUGUUUGUCGUUGGGUAUGUUGUCAAGAUGGAGUUCUUGCUGGGAAAUCCUUACAGUACUCCAGUGGGACAGUGUAUUGAAAGGGCCACAGAUGGCUCCCUACAAAGUGAAGACUGGACUUUAAAUAUGGAGAUAUGUGAUAUAAUCAGUGAUACAGAAGAUGGGCCUAAGGAUGCCAUUAGAGCAGUGAAGAAGAGACUUAAUGGGAAUAAGAACUACAGGGAGGUGAUGCUUACACUGACGGUUCUUGAGACGUGUGUAAAGAACUGUGGGUAUCGGUUCCACUCACUCGUUACCACCCGGGACUUCAUCGAUGGUGUUCUGGUGAAAAUCAUAUCUCCUAAAAACAAUCCACCGGCCAUAGUGCAGGACAAAGUGUUAGCUCUGAUACAGGCUUGGGCAGAUGGCUUCAGGAGUAGUCCAGAUUUGACAGGAGUAGUCCACGUCUAUGAAGAAAUGAAGAGGAAGGGUAUAGAGUUUCCUCGAUCUGACUUGGAGACCUUGUCCCCCAUCCACACACCACAACUGCAACAAACUGCUCCAGAGAUGGACCAGCCGAAAUACAAUCCCCCAGCCCAACCCAAGCCACAGCCUCACUCUGGCUCCGUUCCUCCCGUCUCUGCCCCUGUUACCCACACUUCUCCACAGGUGCCCAUUCUACAAAUCUCUGGACCCAUCAACCCUUCCCCUGAACAGAUUUGUAAGCUGCGCAGUGAGUUGGACAUAGUCCGUGGGAACACUAAGGUGAUGUCGGAAAUGUUGACUGAGAUGGUACCCGGUCAAGAGGAUCCAUCCGAUCAUGAGCUUAUACAGGAGUUGAACAGAACAUGCAGGGCAAUGCAGCAGAGGAUAGUUGAGCUCAUCUCACGUGUGUCCAAUGAGGAAGUCACAGAGGAGCUCUUGCACGUUAACGAUGACCUCAACAACAUCUUCUUGCGAUAUGAGAGAUAUGAGAGGUUCCGAUCUGGCCGAUCAUCUCAAGGCUUUAACAAUGGGGUCCUUAACGAGGCUUCAGAAGAUAACCUGAUUGACCUGGGACCGGGGUCUCCAGCGGUGGUCUGCCCCAGGAACAGCGCUACUCCUCCGUCUAGCCUGCCUCCCUCCGUGGCUCCAAUUCACUCUGCCUCUCCAGUCACACUCUCCUCCAGACUGGCUGUUUUGGAUGUCGGUUCAGACAGUGUGAGUGGAACCUUGAGCUCUCUGACCAGCUGUCAACCUCAAGAUGACUUUGACAUGUUUGCCCAGACCAGGACUGGCACCAUUCCUGACCAGAGGAAGAGUGCACCAUUCGAGGACACAAAGGCUUCAAGUGGAAUGGCCCCGACUUUGGACAUCAGACAACAAAACACUGGGGCAGCUCUUGACCAGUCCUCUGUCAUGGAUGACAUUGAGGAGUGGCUCAGUACUGAUGUGAAAGGAGAUGAAGGAGAGGAGGGCGUGACAAGUGAAGAGUUUGACAAGUUUUUAGAGGAGAGGGCCAAAGCAGUGGAGAUUGUGCCCACACUGCCAGUGCCCCCUAGUGACGACCUUUCAGCUGCUGCAGGUGCUUCCACAAGUGCAAGUAAAAAGGCGGGCAGAUCCGAGGACGCACUCUUUGCUAUGUAGAUAAGUGUCAGUUCCUUUGGGGUGGCCCACCACACUACCCCUGUGUGUGUGUGUGUGUGUGUGUGUGUGUGUGUGUGUGUGUGUGUGUGUGUGUGUGUGUGUGUGUGUGUGUAUUCGGCCAGCCGAUUUGUAGAUACAUCAGCCUCUCCCUCUUUCUCUCCGGCUUCCUGCUUUUCCAGCACAAAUCAACACUAGCAUGGCUGCCUCUUGUACCCACUGAAGUAAUCGGAACCAUUUCAUGAUGCUAUCCAUAAAAAGAUACAUUUUCAUGCACUAGUUUUCAUUCUGUUUGAAAGUGGUGUACCAGAUCCACCCAUAACUUCUAAAUAUGUACUGUUCCCUGUGGGUUUGAGAGGUUGGUGUCUAUUUUUUUAAUGAAUAUUUGUGGUACAAAGCAAGGAAAUUCAUGAUGAAGUCUACAGCAGGUCGAGUCAUGUCUAGCUUUGUGUUCUCUGUGGUCCUGCAUGCAACAUCCUAUCUGUCUUUCCUCUUAAAAGGGAAAAAUUUUUUUUUUUUUUUUUUUUAGCAACUUGGGGUUUUAUUUCAAAUGUAGCAUUGUUUUUUGCUAAUUGGUUUUCUCCAUUUUAAUGAGUAAUUAAAGGGAUAGUUCACCCAAAAAUGAAAAUCCUCAUCAUUUACUUAAAUAUUUUUAUUACAUCUACUCUAAAUAUUUUUAGAAGAAUAUCUCAGCUCUUUUGGUCUAUAAAUUGCAAUUGAAUAGUGACCAAAACUCCAAAAGCUCCAAAGAGCAGAUAAAGUCAGCAUAAAAGUAAUUCAUAAGACUCAGAAGGAGUUAUAUUUUUGGUGUCUUUUAUGCUGACUUUAUCUCCUUUUUGGGGCUUUUGGAGUUCUGGUCACCAUUCGCUUGCAUUGUAUGAACCUACAGCGCUGAGAUAUUCUUCUAAAAAUCUUUGUUUGUGUUUUACAGAAAAAGAAAUUAAUAUAUUAUAUCUAGGAAUGAAUGAGGGUAAGUAAAUGAUGAGAGAAUUUUACAGGUGAACUAACCGUUUAACCAAACAAUGAAAAAUCUGUCAUGAUUUAUUCACCCUCAUGUUGUUCCAAACUCAUAUGACUUUCUUUCCUUAGUAGAAUACAGGAGAUAAUUUAAUAAUAAUUGAACCCAUUCCUGUUGGCUGAAUUCAUUAUUUGGCAUUUGACAGUAGCUCACAUUAAUGCUUAAUUUGGGUUUGGAACAACAUGACGGUGCAAAUUUUAAUUUUUGGGUGAAAUAUUCCUUCAGAGGCAAAAUGUCAACUACUCAUUGGCCACACCAUAUGAAUUUAAAUUUUUUUUUUUUAUUUAUAAUUUUAAUUUUUGGGUGAAAUAUUCCUUCAAAGGCAAAAUGUCAACUACUCAUAGGCCACACCAUAUGAGGAAAUUAUUUAUUUCACUGGAAACUUUUAAAUGCUAUUUUUUACUUUGCAAAGUCAUUGCAUAUUAGAAAGGAUUUAUAGGAACAACAAAAAAGUAUUUCAAUUUAAUAUACACUGAAAAUAUUAGCCUUUUGGCUGUGUUAAAGCUUUUGUUCAAAUACAAUUUUUUUUCUCUAGUUCAUUUAAAUACUGCCUAUUAUAAGACUGAAAACAAGUGGAAUUUACAGAGUGCUGAUGGUGACAGCUUAAAUUGGAUUUUACAUUUCACAACUACAGCAGAUAUUGUGUUAAGCUUAGUAUUGUUGCUAUUAGGGAAUGCCUUUAAGAACAGAAUGUAGGUAGUACUCUUGUUUGGUCAUCAAAGAUUUGAACUUUAGUCAGUUGAAUGUGCUCAUAUAAUACCUAUAGUUUGAGUGCUGUGUCUCACUGUUGUGUACAUACAGUUUUGACGGACCAAAUAUUUAACCUAAAACAAUAAAUAGAGCAUUAAGUCUGAUGGCUUUUAGUGUCCAGAGGAGUUGUAGUUACAUUGUAUGAUUAGCAGAGAUUUCAUAUAGGCUAUUAUAUUAUUAUUAUUAUUAUUAAUAUAGAUAUUAUUAUAAUAAGGUUCUGGACUUAUUAACACUAAAAUAUUGUGGGUACCAUCUAUUUCUAUUAAUAAGAUACGUAAGGGACACAAUUGGUGGACACAAUUUACCGAUUGACAAGUGUCUCAAGACACCUAUAACUCCCCCUACAUAUUCAUUUGUACACUACGUUUAGUGUAAAAUAGACAAAUAUUUUACUACACAUGGAUGCUAACUAUCAAUUUUAAAUGCUGUUUUUAAUAUUUAUGACACUAUUGCUGAAAUGUGUCAUCUUGAUAAGGAUUAGAAUGUGUAACUUUGUGGAUAUGGAAUUAUUUAUAUUCAUUCCAGAUUAUUCAGCAAAAUGUGGAAUUUCAUCUAUCAUUGCGGCACUACAGUUUUAUUUCAGUUGUAAUGGCUUUGGCUGUAAAAGUGUCUCAGAAAUGUACAGUUUGAGAAUGUAGAACAACUUUAUUUUGAUGAGUCUUUUAUUUCAAUAUUCAGUAAAGGUUGCUAUAUAUUAGAAUCAAGUGGCCUGGAAAGAUCAGAUUCUCAGUCAUAGGUUUUGAGUUUCCACACUCUUUGUUGAAUAUCAUUUUCAAUGCAGCUGGAGUGAAAAUAUCUCACUGACUUAAAAGGAAUCGGACACAUAUUAUCCCCAGCAUUUGUUAAUUUGUUAUGCCAACGUCUUUGGUAGAGCACCCCUUUUUGUACUGAGAGCAUUUCUUUAUAAGAAUGGCACCUUUCUUCUCUUUGAUGUGUUUGAAGUUGUGUGUGUCUUUGUAUAUGUGUGAACAGCUCCUGAUUUCCUGACAUCUGCUGCAGAAACCAUGUUUAUUCUGUAUUUACUAAGGGAAGAGUUGGAGAGAAUCAAGCUUUCCAAAAUGCAGCAUUUUUAUAAAGGGACUGAGUGUGUGAGGGGCUGGCAUAAGCUGUACUCUCUUAACCAGUGAUCAUUGCUGUGGUUGAUCUUGGUUUUGCAGAUUAUCCUGAUGUUGGUCUGUGUGCUUACAUGUUGUUAUACCUCAAGUUGCUCUCUGUACCGUUUAAUUCAUGCAUGUGUUGAACUCCAAUAAAAUAAUACCAAGUUGGUAA